AUGCCGCCUAUCGAUGACCGGGUGCGAAUAACGCGCGAAAUGAACGCCACCGGGACUGGUCCAAACGCUUCACUCACAAUCAAGAUGACAGAAGAAUACAGUCGUACAAGUAACCUGGAGACGAUCCGUCAAGACCAGUCGAAUAGCGCUUUGCGCGAUGUUUCCAACUUUCCAUCUAUCACUACUCCGUUAAGCCACAAGUUCAUCACAACGACGCCAGUUCGCCCGACACUUCACAAUUAUAGAGCACUGCCCGGACCUGCACAAUCUCGACAGCAAGCAGGUGCUGAAAGCGAAGAAAGUGACAGCAAUGGUGAAAGCGAUGAGUCGGAAACGAGCAGCGAUGAGGAUCGGUCACGACAGCAGCUAAUGACAUCCAUCCGAGUACCCACAUGGAGAGGUUCAAGAAAGUAUAUGCCGCAAAAGCGUUUCCCCACCGGUGCUCGUGCUCUACAAGAAAUACGCCGUCUUCAAACUACAACCAACCUACUCAUACAGAAACGCCCAUUUCAACGAUUAGUCCGCGAAGUGGCAUAUAAAAUGGCUGGAUCCGAAAAAUAUUGGCAGUCUUCGGCACUCGAGGCUCUUCAAGAGGCAUCAGAAGCUUUCUUGUUGAGAUUCUUUGAAGAUGGAAACUUGUGCAUGGGCCAUCGCAAGCGGAAGACUCUCACGCCACAGGACAUUCAACUAGUACGACGCUUACAGAACUUC